AUGCAUGAACAGGAUCCGCAAAUUUUGAAAAAAAUUCUGUGGACUGAUGAGUGCACUUUCCAGCAUGGAGAAUCCUUAUCUAAUAAGUGUCGAACGAGGUCAUCAGCGUCGAUUUUCGAUGAAUAUGUGGGUAGGGUUGUAUAUGGCAGCUCCAUGUUUAAUAUGUCUAUUUUAAGUUCCGUAGAACUUUGA